UACAAACAAAAGAUCCUCAACAAAACCUGUGGUUUUGGGGGGCAUAAAACAAAAUAGCUAUUGAUUUAUUAAAAUUUUCCGUAGUUGUGUACUGUUUAAUAAGUACACAGCAAAUGGUUUAUUCGUUUUCAGCAGCUUAACAGUGUUUAUGCGCAUGCUCAAAUGCGAAACGUGUGUUUUGGGCGUAGGAGGUCAAUGUGGUAGAACCGAACUUUUGGUCUUUUGUAUCGUGGUUUACGAACGGUACGGGUUAUUGCCGAGUGGCAUAACCAAAAGGAUUUAAGCAUGCUGGUGUUAUUUGAGACUGCUGCUGGCUAUGCAGUUUUUAAGGUACUGGAUGAGAGAAAGCUGCAUGAAGUUGAGAACAUAUGGAAAGAAUUUGAAACUCCUGAAAAAGCAAAUAAAGUACUAAAGCUUAAACAUUUUGAGAAGUUUCAAGAUACAACUGAGGCUCUUGCAGCUGCCACUGCCUUAGUGGAAGGAAAGCUUAGCAAGAACUUAAAGAAAAUCCUGAAGAAAAUCGUAGCUAAGGAAGCCCAUGAGCAGUUAGCUGUUGCAGAUGCUAAACUCGGGGGUGUUAUUAAAGAUAAGCUGGAUUUAAGCUGUGUUCACAGCCCAGCAGUGACGGAGCUGAUGCGAGGCAUUCGCCAGCAAAUUGACAGUUUGAUCACAGGUCUUCCAGGUAGAGAACUGAGUGCGAUGUCAUUGGGUUUGGCACACAGCCUCUCCCGAUACAAGCUGAAGUUCAGUCCUGACAAGGUGGACACCAUGAUCGUUCAAGCAAUUUCUCUUCUAGAUGACUUGGACAAAGAAUUAAAUAAUUAUAUAAUGCGCUGCAGGGAGUGGUAUGGCUGGCAUUUCCCAGAACUUUCCAAAAUCAUCACUGACAACUUGGCGUACUGUAAAUGUGUAAAGAAAAUAGGAGAUCGAAUCAAUGUGUCCACUGCAGACUUGUCUGACAUCCUGCCAGAGGAAACAGAAGCAGAAGUUAAAGUGGCAGCAGAAAUUUCUAUGGGUACAGAAGUGUCCAAAGAAGACAUAAACAACAUUUGUCACCUCUGUGAACAGGUAAUCGAAAUCACAGAAUAUCGCUCCCAGCUGUAUGAUUAUCUGAAGAACAGAAUGGUUGCUAUUGCUCCCAACCUUACAGUCAUGGUUGGAGAGCUGGUUGGAGCUAGGUUAAUAGCUCAUGCUGGCUCACUUCUGAAUUUAGCCAAGCAUCCAGCAUCAACAGUCCAGAUCCUGGGAGCAGAGAAGGCACUCUUUAGAGCUUUAAAAACAAAAAGAGAUACCCCUAAGUAUGGUCUUAUCUAUCAUGCAUCUCUCGUUGGACAGUCUACUGCGAAAAACAAAGGCAAGAUCUCCAGAAUGUUGGCAGCCAAAACCGCUCUCGCUAUCCGUUACGAUGCUUUGGGGGAAGAUACUAAUGCACAGUUGGGAGUAGAGAAUCGAGCCAAACUAGAAGCCAGGUUGCGGCAUUUGGAAAACAGAGGAAUAAAGCGAAUAAGUGGCACUGGGAAGGCUUUAGCCAAAGCUGAAAAGUAUCAAUUUAAGAGUGAAGUUCGGACAUAUGAUCCCUCAGGGGAUUCUACCCUUCCGUCAGUCCCAAAAAAGCGCAAAUUUGAGGAGGUGGAAGCUGAGGAGGAGCAGGAAGUUCCCAAGGUUAAAGUGAAAAAAGAAAAACGUGAAACAGAAAUUGCAGGUUGGGCACCAGAAGAAGAACCAGAAGUGGAAGAGGUUGAGGUCACAUCUAAGAAAAAGAAGAAACGGAGGAAGGAGGAAGCAGCAGCAGAAGAGUUCGUUGAAGUAAAAGAAAUGCCAUCUUCUAGCACAGCUUUGGAGGAGCCUACAGAAACAAAAAAGAAGAAAAAGAAAAAGAUAAAAGAAGAGGACGAGUGAAAGAGUUUUGCAAACUUAAUGGACAUUUUUAUGGACUUGUGUACAGUCUGUAUUCUUUGAACGCAUUUGCUGUUUUUGUUUUAAAUUACUGAAUGAACUGCGAGUUCAUUGCAGCUUUGCAGUGAACAAAUCACUGCUUUAUUUACUCUUAAAAAUACACAGUAGAUCCCCAUUUUAGGGGGUUUUUCUGUGAGCUAGUAAACUGUUAAAAUGAAAA